CUAACGGCCCGGUAACGGCUGCUAACGGCCGGUGACGGCCGAGAGAGAGGGCACAAAAUGUCUGAGGUUAAGCAGAGGAAAAAAGGGGCUUCUUCCAAGACCAGUGAGGAUUCACAAAAGGCCAAGAAGGACAAUGAUCAUGGGAAGCUGGUAAAUCCCAAGACUAGCAAUAAUAGGAGUUCCUCUUGGGUAGACACACGGUCAGCCUUGAGCCUAAUUUCUCUUGUCAUUUGCCUGGUGCUGAGCUGGUUCCUUUUUCAACAGUCAAGUCAAUUUGCUGAUAUGGAGAAAAAGUACGUUUUUUUACAACAAGAAGCUGAAAAAUUCUUGGGCAUAGAAAAUAAAGUUAACUUAAUUUCAGAAAAGCUUGAGUCUUCUGAAAGUAUCCUACAAGAAGCUACCUCCCUCAAGUCUGUGGUGACUGGGUUUGAGCAAGAAAUAUCUUCUCUUCGUAACAUCAUAAAUGAUAUUCGGAACAGUGAACAAACUCUCUCUGAAAAGAUGCAGAGCGUUAAUGAGAAGUUGCAAAAUAUGACAGAUUCCUGGAGAAGCAGCGUGGAUGAAAUGACCGCAAAUACUACUGGAUUAAAAUCUGAAGCUAAGUUCAUACAUACAGAAGUGACUUCCCAAAUUAAUGAAGUUGAUCAAAGAAUUAAGUCCCUUUCUGAAAGAUUAAAAGAUUUGGAAGACAGUACAGCCAGAAAUAUUAGAACUGUAAAAAGGCAAGAAGAUGAUGAGUUCUCUAGAAUCGAGCAACAGUUGGAUUCGCAUGCAAAGACUGUUGAAAAACUAGAAGAAGAGCAGAACAGUUUGUUAGCCAAAGACACAAAACUGAAUCAGAAAUUUACAGACUAUGAACCCAAAAUUGAGGAGUGCAAGGCCCACCUGCCAACAAUAGAAAAUGCUAUUCACUCCAUUCUGCGGUUAUCAAGUGAAUUGUUGAGUAUGGAAAAAAAGAUAGAAGACUUGACAACCCAGCUAUCUACUGUGGAAAGUGAAAUGGUGAAGACUGUCGCCCACACUGGAGCUGUAGAAGGUCCUUGAAGGCACACAGCAUGAUAACAGCAUAUUGAAACUGCGGAGUAAGAGAGUGGUUUUGG